AUUGUGAAACUGACCAAUCCCUAGAGCGCUUGCUCAGAGUAACGCAGAUCCAACAUGGUGGCGUUCUGAGUUUUGGAGGAGGGAACUGGGUGUAAAUAAACACGCUUUAAACAAAAAAAACUUUAGGUAACAACAUUCGCAUUUUUGUGUAUGUGACAUAUUGUACCGGGGAAAGAAAAUGUCAACUGAUGGAAACAAGAAACAAUUCUGGAAAAGAAACACAGCUAAGGUCCCUGGCAGCAUACAACAUGUGUAUGGUGCUCAACAUCCUCCUUUCGACCCUCUUCUGCAUGCUAAUCUAAUCAAAGCGGGCAACAAGCCCCAGAUGACACCAGGAGGGAAGCCAAAGAAAGCCACCACCUUCCAGGAGUUUGAGAGCAUCACCAGCGAUGCCUGGGACGUGGGGGACGACGAUGACGAGCUGCUUGCCAUGGCCGCACAGAACCUCAACAUCGAGGUUGUCAUGGAAACCGCCAACCAGGUGAUCGAGAACCACAGCAAGCAGCAGGAGAAGCAGAGACAGGACGAUGCCGACACAUCAGGGCUGGAGCACCGAGAGGAAGAGGAGGUGCAUGAGGAAGAGGUGGAAGAGCAGGAGGAGGAAGGGGAGGAAUCGACCCCUGAGGUGUUGUUUGCUUUUGAGCCCAGCCCGCUCAGUGAUGGCAGACUGGUGAAAUCACUGAGUGAGGCCCCCAUCGGAUCACCUAAGGAUGCGUCGCUCCACAGACAGCAGUCCCUGCCCCACCGGCCCACCAUCCCCAUGGUGGCUCGUAUAGCUGACCAGAACACCUCUGGGACCCCAGCCAUGACAGAGAGAGAGGCAUCCCGCCUGGAUAAGUUUAAACAGGUCCUGGCUGGACCCAACACUGACCUUGAGGAAUUACGAAAGUUGAGCUGGUCUGGAAUUCCGCGCCAUGUUCGUCCAAUCACGUGGAAGCUCCUUUCGGGUUACCUUCCUGCCAACACAGAGAGGAGAGAGAGCACGCUACAGAGGAAAAGACAGGAAUACUUUGGUUUCAUAGAACAGUACUACGACUCGCGCAACGACGAGCACCACCAAGACACGUACAGACAGAUUCACAUUGACAUACCAAGAACUAAUCCCCUUAUUCCUCUCUUUCAACAAGCUUCUGUCCAAGAGAUCUUUGAGCGUAUCCUGUUCAUCUGGGCUAUCCGCCACCCGGCCAGCGGCUACGUGCAGGGCAUCAACGACCUCGUCACGCCUUUCUUCGUUGUCUACGUCUUUGAGUACAUCAAGGAGGAGGUGGAGAACUUUGACGUGUCCAGCUUGCAGGAGGCGGCUUUGCGAAACAUCGAGGCUGACAGUUUCUGGUGCAUGAGCAAAUUGUUGGACGGCAUUCAGGACAACUACACAUUUGCCCAGCCGGGGAUCCAAAGGAAAGUCAAGGCUCUGGAGGAGUUGGUCAGCAGGAUCGAUGAAACGGUGCACGUCCACAUGCAGCAGUAUGAAGUGGAGUAUCUCCAGUUUGCCUUCCGUUGGAUGAACAACCUGCUGAUGAGAGAGCUGCCGUUACGCUGCACUAUCCGCCUCUGGGACACCUACCAGGCUGAACCUGAGGGAUUCUCUCACUUCCAUCUCUACGUGUGUGCUGCUUUCCUGGUACGAUGGAGGAAAGAGAUUCUGGACGAGAGAGAUUUCCAGGGUCUGAUGAUCCUGCUGCAGAACCUACCCACCAUGCACUGGGGCAACGAGGAGGUCAGCGUGCUCCUGGCUGAGGCCUACAGGCUGAAGUUUGCCUUCGCUGAUGCCCCCAACCACUACAAGAGAUGAGUUUGGCCCCUGACAGCUAGCUACUGAACCCCUGACAGAGGCCCCCUGGCGGACGGAUGGAUGGAGUCCACGACCGUUGCUACUAGUAGAUGAAAACAAAAACAUUUGCAUCACAAAUGGCACCCUGUUCUCUACAAAAUACAUUAUUUUUGACCAGAGCCCCAAGUAGUGCACUAUGUAGGGAAUAGGGGGCCAUUUGAGAAGCAAGUGCUUCUUGGUAUGUGUGUACCGUUCUAACCGACUGUUCUUCUUGAGUCCUUCUCUUUGUUCUUAACGAUGAAAUUACAUUUGUGCAACACUCCAACAACAUUAAUGCCUGUCCCAUCGAAGUAGACCCCAACCAAAAAAGAAAGACCUCCAGUCAGUGUGGUAGUGGAGAUCUUGCUGCAGACCCAUGGAUGACGGUUCUAGACUGUCCUGUACUGUUUGUCCCUGACUGGCCACCGUCCCCAAGGAACUCAGACCUUCUCCUAGAGGCCAAGUCACAUUGAGUGGAUCUCCACAGCAGGCGCAACAUGUCCCGAGACCUAAUGAAUGAAUUGUAGGUCUGAACUAACCCUGUGUGUGUGUGUGUGUGUGUGUGUGUGUGUGUGUGUGUGUGUGUGUGUGUGUGUGUGUGUGUGUGUGUGUGUGUGUGUGUGUGGGGUGGGUGGAGGGUAGAGAGAGAUCUUCUGUACUUGGUUAAUAUGUCACUUUUAAUUCCUAAGGAAACUGAGGACACAUGUCGUCAUUCUAGUCAUUCCUAGCUGGCAUCGAGCUCUUCUUUCAUCUCCGUGCCCUCAGUUCAAAACAAGCAGUCAAUCCCCCAGAGACAAGUAGGUUUUAGUUCAAAACAGAAACACAUUCACAUAAAAGUGAAUAAUUAGCUAAUAGGGAGAUCAGAAAGUGUCUUAUUGUUAUGGAUGAUUUCUUUCUACUCUGACAUGGUCCGCAGGGCUGCAUCUAAUGAUCUACUGAUGUGUCUAACAACUCUCUCAACUCUAUUAUGUAAGAUGUGGAAUAUCUGUCGGUUGGCUGAGGGAGGGACGAGUGUCGCGUGACUCUGCCUGACCUACGAUCAUCUCUGAACCUAGGACUCACUACAUAACUCAGACACAUUGCUACUGCACCAUGCAGUGGUGAGCAGUCACCUUUUAGGCCAGGAGAUUUCCUAGUUAGGUCACAUGGUCAGAACACUCGUACCCGUAUACGGGUUGAUAGUGGCAGAUUUGGGCACUAAUGAACAACUAAAUUGUAACACAGUGGCUGUACAGUAACAUGCUAUUACAUGUCAGAGCUUCACAGCACUGUAUGGGUUUUGACUGACGGACAUUCUGAACUUGAGCACCUCGCGACCUUGUUGUGAAUGUGUUUUCAGUCAAUUUACCUGGUAGAAUAGAAACGACAAAAAAAAUACAUACUUUUUUUUUUGGUCUGAGUGAGGGAAAUGCUGUACAUUUUGAAAGAUGAGAAAUUGAGGAUUAUAAUAAAAAUACCGCUUUAAUGUCAUAAUCAAGCCAAACACCCGUGAGUCAAAAUAUGCACUUCACGUUUCCAUAUCAUAAAACUCAUGUCAUAUACAGUGUCAACAUUUAGGAUGACUAUGUUUGAUAUACAGUUACAAGAUGAUAUGGCGUCAGACACUGGGUUGUUCUGAACAGAAUGAGCCUAUAUUUGUCUAUUGUGAAGAAAAUUUGCCGCGGCUCACGCACUUGAAUGCACUCAAGACUCCUUUCUAUGUGCACCAGGAUUAUACAUUGCAUUGUGAAAGCAAGUAACAUAUUUUAUAACUUAGAUAGAUAGUCAUUUUGGCAAUAGAACAAGCUUUCAAAUGAUGUCCACCUGACCCAGAUUGCGAUUUAUAAAUGGAGCGUCUUUGGAUUGCGUUAACAACAAUAAUAAUUGUGUGAUGAUGGGGAUGUGUUCCAAACAAAAGAAGUACAAGUGUAUUUGUGCUAGUUCCUCAACGGCACAGCUAGGAGAGCUCAUGAACGGCACCUUAUAGUUGAAGACUCUUCUUUGAGUCGUUAAAGUGCUUUGAAAUGACCUAGGAACUGUGCACACUUUGGAGAGGUACAUGGCCACGAGGAGACACCAGUUAGUCCUCUCACUCAAACCCUUGUCAUUUUUUUGUCUUGUGUUUCACCUACCACACAUUUUCCAGGAAUGUUCUUAUCAUGUUACUGAAUAUAUCCAGAGUAUUUUCCGAUUUUAUCAACAAAUGCAGCGAAAGUACAGUAAAUGUAGAAUGCACAUCAAAUCAAGUGUAAUAAUUUCCCCAUAAUUUCCUAACUGUUCCCUUUCAACUGCUACCAUGGUUAUGCAUAUGCUUUUCAUAUUUCUUCUGUAAAACAUUUCAAGUUAGCCCUAUCCAUAUAGUCAAAUUUCCAUGAGUGCAAAGGGUUAAAAAAUUCUCCUCAAAACCCAGUAGGACCACGAGUUUUGUGGUCAGAAAUAAUUCCUGGACUUUGACCAUUUGUAACUGCUCAUAGCCCAGAACUAGGGCCCAUAGAAUGUGCUGGUGUGGGUCAUUGUACCUAGUCCAGUAGCUUUGUUGGUUAUUCAGUCUAUUCAUGAACACUGACUGACUGGGGGUGUUAGGGUGGAAUACAUUAACUCUCUCCAUUUGCCUUCAUUUGACUGCUUAGGGUUUUCAUUUGAUGUACCAAAUGAUGUGAUAGUUUGUUUUUGCCUGGUGUAGAGCCCUCAAACUCAACUCUGGACUCAACCCAGUUCCACUCCUAUGUUUCAUUGUUCCCCUCUAAUCAGGGACUGAUUUAGACCUGGGACAACAGGUGGGUGCAGUUAAUGAUCAGGUAGAACAGAAAACCAACAGGCUCCGGACCGCAUGGGUUAAGAGUUGUUAUACCCCUUGUGUAGAGGGUGGAUAUACGAUGUAAAUUAGAUGUUGAAAUAAUAUUAUGUACAACUUUUAUCAUCAAAAACAUCCUGCCAGGUAACGAUGAAGACCAAUAAUUGUUGCAUGAACUCCUCAAUGAUGUGUGUGUUUAUGUGGGUUGGGAGUGUAUGUAUAGAUGGGGCAGCUUAAUACUCUGUAUUUGAACCUCCUCAGCUUCUUUUGAUCAUGUCGGUAAUGUUUUUGCGCUCCAUGUCAGCUCCAGGCCCAAUUUCCUAUUCUCACAUUGAUUAGAAACAAAAAAAACUACACUUGAUAAAAGUCAAUUUUCUUCCGUUUUUUGUACGAAAUAUAUUAUUUGGAAUCAGCUUCUAAAGAAACAAAAAUGUCUCUCUCUUCCUUUUUUUUUUAUAUACUGUUUACAUGAGCCUAGUAAGUUGUGCCUAAUGUAGAGAUGGCAGAUGAUCAUCAUAGAUAUUUAUUUUACCUUAAUUUAAGCUCUCUGCAAAUGAAACGAGAACGUUUAUUCAGUUGAUGCACUCACACUCUGUGUUUGCUAAGCCAUGAGAGUAUCUGCAUCCAAAAUGGCACCCUAUUCCAAAUAUAGUGCACUGCUUUCGACCAGUUCCCUAUGGGCCCUGGUCAAAGUAUUGCCCGAUAUAGGGAAUAGGGUGCCAUUUGGGACGCAACCAAUGAGUCCACAGAAUCACAUCAGUAAGUCUAGCAGCUGCCUUCUCCGGUGUCCUUCAACUUGGCUUGAUGUACCGAACAACCCUUACACACACCUUUGGUAAAAGUCACAAGCCCUGGGUUACCAUGGUUACGGUGGUGACCAGGUGUCCGUCCGCUGGCUGGAGGCCUCGGACACACACACACUGGACGUUGCAGUCAGCAUCUCAUGGGGCAUGACCUAACAUGUUUGGUCUGCCUCCUAAAACCUUUUUUUUAGGGUUGUAUUUUACUGUUCGGUUUCUUUUCAGAGAUGUUCAAAUGUUUCUGACCAAACUAAGACUUGUCCUUUUUCCCUUCUGACUUAGACAUCUGAACGUGUGAAUCUCAUACUGUGGAGAGUGAUCGUGAUUUUCUUUAAAAAAAAUUAAGUGUACAGAGAAAGAAUUUUGAAACAAAGAUCUGUAAAUAGAAAAGUGUAAAUAAAUGCUAUAUAUGACCAAA